AUGAAGCGCCGAGGAAAUCUUGCACAUCUCCCCACACCUAAACGCGGCUUGCUAUUGAGGCUUGGUGGACGUCCAGCAAGAGCUUUUACCCCACCGCAAGCAACAUCACCUGGAGAUGUACCACUUGACGAAAUCGAUGUCUAUGAAGAUCAGUCCCAGGAUGCUGCCGCUAUGGCGUGCGAAGAGGAUAUUGGUCCCCCUGAGUCUUCAUUACCUGGGCGCCUACCGUUUCAACAGCUUUCUACAAACAUCAUGGGUGUCAAUUACAGAGAUGAUUUGAACGGGGAAGAAGACUUUAAUGCGGGUGACACAGAGAAUGCAGAGGAUAUUGGUGCUGAUAUAGUAUUCGAAAAAGAGACAGUGGUAGAGGAAGAGCCGGGGGAUGAGCUCGUCAGAGGGGGCGUGGAAGUGGCCACAGCUCCGAUUGAAAUGGUCGCGAUAGAAACAGAAACGAGCCCGAUUGACACUACAGCUACACCAAAUACAGAGCCUAUUUUAGAAGAGGAGGACCCCAAAAGGCGCGCCGUCACAGAAACAGUUGCUGACGGCCCGGCAGAGAACUCGAAGAACAGUGCAGUGAAUGAUUUCCAUAUUGCAAUGAUGUUAUUUGUCACCAGCUCUGAUAUUUCGAGAUCGCAAUAUACAGCUCUAACGGAAGUAUUGGCAUUUGCUACCGUCGAAGGUUUGCAAACAUUACCGAGGAGUAUAAAGACUCUCAGAGAGAAUACCCGGAGAUCGCUCCCUUUAUCGCAAAUUAAAGCCUGCCCUGUCGGCUUAAAUUUAGAUGUUACUACACCCAAAACAGAAGACCAUCGACUAGCAUAUUAUUUCGAUACAACAGAGUAUUGCAAGCCUUGGCUGAGCGACCCAAAGAUACGGCACAACUUGCACAUAGAUAUGGGAGUGAUUGUUGAAAACCCGACGGAAUUAUGGCACGGAGAUGCUUGGAUGGAGAGCGUACGCUCUACCUCUGGGGUUUUUGACAAAAUAGGAGAGCAAGGAUCAUCGUCACGUGAUGGGUCGGCUGGUGCAGGAGCUUCAGAAAACAUUCUCUUACCAUCUGAUUGCAUCAAAUACCGCGAUAGCACAGGAGAUAUCGUUUACGCGCGGGUCAAAGCAAUAGGCAUUGAUGGUAGGAAGACGCCACAAGGGACUUAUUCUACUCAGCGAUCCUACUUAGCAGUUGUGAACCGCCUACUACCAGUAAGCCACAUUCCAGCGGAAUUCAAUAGGGGUCCAUUAGUAAACGACGCGUAUCCAUCCUACCCAUCGGGACUCCCAGAAUUGGUUCUUUUCGAAAGCACAGAUAUUAUCCCGUGCUCCAGUAUACUGUCCAAAGAAUGGGGCUACUUCACGGAUUACGAGUCACCGGAAAGCCUCCGCAAUAGCUUGUUGCCGUAUCCACCUACAUUCUGUGUGCGUAAGAUUGUUUACUCUCAUUGGGGAAGACCCUUCACUCGGCCAGUACAUAAGAGACACAGGCUAGCGGCAGAGAACGAGCUUAUCCACCUCACGAGAGAGUAUGUUCUGAACACGCUCGUUGCCAAAGAAGGAGCGGUACGCCGCCACAUGUCGGUUCAGUUUUCAACCUUUCUAGAUGGUUUCGGUCUAUACCGCAAUGCAUAUCCCAGUCUAAAGGGAAUGUACAUAACUCCUGCUGGGCUCGAUUACAACUCACGAUCCCAAAUGGCCAACAUGUUCGUUCUGAUGCUUGGGCCGUUUGGGUCAAAUGAACUGUAA